AUGAGGGCCACUAUCGCCAGUCUGGUUUCGAGCGCCCUGCUGCUCACCCAGCAAGCGGCUGCUGACUGGACCUACAGGAAGUGGAAUGGGGCCAACUAUGCCUGCAAGUGCCAUCCUGGUGACCCGUGCUGGCCCAGCACUCUCCAGUGGAACUCGUUGAACGCAACUGUUGGAGGCAACUUGCAAGUCAGCAUUCCGCCGGCUGCGUCUUGCUACAACACCUUCCAGGGCCUUCUCGGAAAUAUCAGCACCUACAAUGCGGCUCAGUGCGGCGAUGUCCAGGCGAACUAUACCAGCGAGCAGUGGCAGAUCGAUCUUCCUACUGCUGAACUAUGGACAUAUUCCACCAACGACACCUGCAGGCCUACCACCAACCCUACUGAUUCUUGCACCGGCGGCUACUUCCCUACCCUCUACAUCAAGGCUAAGACCAUCGCCCAUAUCCAGGCUGGUGUCCUCUUUGCCAAGAACAACAACCUGCGCCUGAUCAUCCGCAACACUGGCCAUGACUUCCUUGGCAGAUCCGUCGGCUGGGGUGCCCUCGUUAUCAACACUCACGGCUUCAAGGACAUCAGCCUUACCAACAGCUACAGGGGUGCCUGCAACUACACUGGUUCUGCCAUUACUGUCGGUGCCGGUGUUCAGGCCUUUGAGGCUCUCAAGAAGCUCAACUCGCUGAGCCCGCCCAAGAUUAUGGUAACCGGAGAGUGCGCUACUGUCGGUGUUGCUGGUGGUCUCGUCCAGGGUGGUGGCCACGGUCCUCUGACCAACUUCUACGGCUUCCUUGCCGAUACCGCUCUCGAGUUCAAGGUCAUCACUGCUGAUGGCGUUCUGCGAACUGCCAACGCCACGACCAACCCCGACCUCUUCUGGGCUCUCAGGGGUGGCGGCCCUUCUGCUUUCGGUGUCAUCGUCCAGGCCACCUACAAGACCUUUAACGAUUACUCCAGCUCCGGCACCACCUUCGCCCUCGGUCCUGCCAAUGUCAACAACAACGAGACCCUCUGGUGGGAUGCCAUCGCCAAGUUCCACAGCUACUCCAACCGCUUCGUCGACAACGGCCUGUACGCCUACUACGAGGUCUACCCCGGCAUGACCUUCCGCGUCCACCCCAUCGUCGGCGUCAACAAGACCGCCGUCCAGCUCGAGGCUGUCCUCCAGCCGCUUUUCGACGACUGGACCGCCAUGGGUCUCACCUUCGACAAGACCACCACCACCUACAGCACCUUCUACGAGCUCUACAACGCCCUGUUCGAGUCCGAGGUCGCCGGUAACUCCGCCCUGACCGGCGGCUGGGCCUUCGGCAAGACCGACGUCGCCAACAACAACGCCGGCAUCAUCGACGCCUUCAAGAACGUACAGAAGAACGGCGCCGUCCUCGUCGGCCACAUGUGGAACGGCGGCCACGGUCUCCCCCAGAGCCAAUGGGCUGACAGCGCCAUCAACCCCCGCUUCAGGAACGUCAGCGACAAGCUCAUCACCAUCCUUCCCCUCUCCGGCAACGCCCCCAUCGCGGAGAAGGAGGCCGCUCAGCGUGUCCUUACCGACAUCAUCGAUGGCGGUCUCAGGGCUGCUGGUCCCAACGGUGCUGCCUACGUCAACGAGGCUGAUCCCUUCCAGCCUAACUGGCAGACUGCCUUCUGGGGCACCAACUACCCUAAGCUUCUCCAGCUGAGGCAGAAGUGGGAUCCCAGUGGUGUCUUUUACUCUGUCUCUACUCCUGGUACGGAGAAGUGGGAGCAGAUUGAGUAUGGUACCAGGCUUUGCAAGAAGCUUUAA